AUGGGCAAAGCACUGGGCACGUUCCGAGCUUGCUACGUUGUCGCUCUCUGCUGUAUCGGUUCCUUUCUCUUCGCCUACGACACUGGUAUCGUUGGGGGUGUUUUGACCCUGCCGUCGUUCCAAAACGAUUUUCGCUAUACCAAGGCCGAAAAGACUCAAGUCAACUCGAACUGCGUCUCCAUCCUCCAAGGAGGUGCCUUUUUCGGCUGUUUCUUCAUCUGGCCGCUGACGGCCUGGCUGGGCCGCCGAUGGGCCUUUGUCAUAGCCUCGGCCGUCUUCUGCGUCGGAUGCAUCAUGCAGAUCGUCAAUAGCCACUCGCUUGGCCUCUUCUAUGCUGGCCGCGUUAUCAGUGGGUUGGGCACUGGCGCCGCCACGGUGCUCGUGCCAAUCUUCUCUGCUGAGAUGGCACCCAAAGAGAUUAGAGGCAAGCUCGGCUCUUGCUUCCAGCUGUUCUUCGCGACGGGUGUUUGCAUCAGCUACUGGGUCGACUAUGCGGCCCAAAAGGGCAUUUCCGAGACUUCGUCCACCCAGUGGCAGGUGCCCAUUGGGCUUCAGCUAGUGCCUGGCGGUUUGCUCGGACUGGGCAUGGUUUUGGUCAAGGAAUCGACAAGAUGGCUAGCAAAGAAGGGCCGCAAUGAAGAAGCCUACGCCUCACUCCUCUGGGUCCGCGGUGGUGUCGAUAGUCCAGAAAUCCGAGCCGAGUUCCGGGAGAUCCUCGCCGGAGUGGAACUCGAGAUUCGCGAAUCCGAGGGAGUCACCUGGAAAGAACUACUUCUGCCAUCGAACAGAUACCGAAUGUUCAUUGCAAUCACCAUUCAGCUUGCACAACAGCUCACCGGCAAUACCUCUCUCGCAUAUUACGCACCGCAGAUCUUCGCCACAAUUGGGGCCGGCAACAAAACGCUUUUCAUCACCGGCUUCUUCGGCCUUGUCAAGAUGGCCGGCGUCGCAUUAUUCAUUACCUUCUUCGUGGAGAGAUUUGGGCGCAAAAAGCCGUUCAUGGCGGGCGCAUUCGCCAUGGGGAGUUUCAUGCUCAUAAUCGCCAUCAUCGUUGCCACGCACCCUCCGAGCCCGUCUGCCACGGGCAUCACCUCGUCAGGAGCAGCUGGUAUCGCGAUGGUGUACCUGGAAGCAUUUGCGUUCAACAUGUCCUGGGGGCCUCUACCCUGGCUCUACAUUGGCGAGAUCUUCCCCAAUCGGAUCCGAGAGAUCGGCGUUGCGACAGGUGCAGCGAGCCAGUGGCUGUUCAACUUCGUGAUGAGCCAAAUCACACCUCACGCCAUUGACAACAUCGGGUGGAGGACGUUCCUCAUGUUUGCUAUUUUCAACUACGCAAUCAUUGCUUACAGCUACUUCGUGCUCAAGGAGACCAUGGGGAAAAGUCUGGAAGAGAUGGAAGUCGUGUUCGGCACCGUCGACCACCUUCCCUCGAAGGAUGACGACGAGGUAGAAUCACAGGCUGGGCAGGAAGGAGCGAGGGAAAUUCAUGAGUCGACGAAAUAG